AUGGAUGAAAAGCCAAAAGAUUUAUGGAAAGAAUAUUCUCCUGCAUAUCAGUUCCAUGUUACAAUUUCUACUAUUGAUUCAACUAUUAACUCAGAAAAUAUAGAUGAAAGAGUAGUUUAUAUAGAAGAUUUAGAAAAAAGAAAACAAGCAUAUGGAAUAUGUGGAGAAUGUAAAGAACCUGGAACAGGAAAAAAUUGGUGUAAAACAUGUAAUGCUAAAAGAUUUAAAGAUAACUUUAAAAAUUGGACUAGUGGAAAUAAAGAUAUUGAUGAAUUAAUACAACAUUCACAACUUAAUGCUGUACAUUUUGAAAAAUGUUUUGAAUGGAUACCUUUUGAAAAAUUUCAAAAUGUCACUUAUAUUGCAAAAGGUGGCUUUGGUAAGAUUUAUUCAGCAGAAUGGCCUGAAGGAUAUAUUACAAAUUGGGAUAUUGAAAAUCAAAAAUGGGAUAGAUGCAAAGAUUUUGAUAAAUGUGCAUUAAAAAGUUUGAAUAAUUCUUCUGAUAUAUGUUCAGAUUUUUUAAAUGAGAUUAAAUCUCAUCUUCAGAUUAAUCUUCAUGAUAUUGUUCAAUGUUUUGGAAUUACUCAAGAUCCAAAUAAUAAAGAGUAUAUGAUGGUUUUAGAUUAUUGUGAUAAAGGAAAUUUGAGAAAUUAUUUAAAUGAAUCUAAAAAUUACAUCAAUUAUGAAUUUAAAGUUGAUAAAUUACAACAAAUUGCAAAUGGACUUUUAAAUAUUCAUAAUGCUGAAAAAGUUCACAAAGAUUUUCAUUCAGGAAAUAUAUUAUUUGAUACACUUGAUUCAUAUAUAAGUGAUUUAGGAAUGUGUCAACCAGCAAAUAUAAAGAAAACAGUUAAAGAAGAAGGAAUUUAUGGAGUAUUACCAUAUAUGGCACCAGAAGUUUUACGUGGAAAACAAUAUACAAAAGCAACAGAUAUUUACUCAUUUGGAAUAAUAAUGAACGAAUUUCUUUCUGAAGAAAUUCCUUUUAAUGAUAUACCUCAUAAUGAAUUUUUAGCUAUUAAAAUAUGUAAAGGACUUAGACCAACAAUUUCUAAAGACAUACCAAAGUUACUUGCAGAUUUAAUAAUAAAAUGUUGGGAUGCUGAAAUAGGAAAUAGACCAACCACUAAAGAAUUGUAUCAGAUAUUGAGUAAAUUGAAUAAGGAAAUAUAUGAUAAAAAUAGCGAAUUGUAUUAUCAAACACAAGAAAGUGAUGAAAUUAGAAGAAAAAAAUUUAAAAACAGCAAGUCAAAUGAUGAUAGAUCCGAAAAUAUUCAAACACAUUCACAAGCAAUUUAUACUAGUAGACUAUUAAAUUUCAAAAAUUUUCCAAAACCAGUAAAUUCUUCAGAUUUAUCAUCUUUUCAGUUCAGUUCAGAUGCUACUCAAUCAACAUCAGCAAAUCCAACAGUUUCAGAAUGCUUAGAUGUUCAAUUAAGCGAAUUAGAAUUAAACGAAAUUUGUCAAGAUAGUGAAAAUAAUAUUGAAUGA